AUGGAGCCUCCGUCAUCCGCAGGCUCACCUCCGCCAUCAACACCUCCGCCUCCACCAUCCACCAACACUGCGUCUCCGUCCUCUCCCACGGCCAACCCUCCUCAAUCGUCGGCCAGGCCUGCACCAUUUACAGUUACGUGCACGGCAGGUUUACCAGUAAUUGCACUUGUGUUGCGGCUUCUUACAUUUGUUUUCCUUCUCAUCUCGCUGAUUAUCACCGCCAUCGACACCGUCACAUACGUCGAUGACUUCGGCCUAGAAAUAAAAGUCGACUUCAGUGACCUCUAUGCUUACCGUUACAUGCUGUCUACAACUGUUAUUGGAAUCACCUACACCCUCCUACAAACCGCUUUCGCAAUAUUCCAAGUGAGCACCGGCAAACGAUUUGGUGGUGCUGCUUUGUGUUAUCUGGAUUUUUAUGGUGACAAGGUUAUUUCCUACAUGUUGGCCACGGGUGCUGCAGCAGGGUUUGGGAUCACAGUUGAUUUCAAUCGCUUACUACUGAAGGGCACGGACGCCUCAGAUUUUCUCAACAAGGCAAAUGCUGCUGCCGGCCUUCUAAUUGUGGCAUUUUUGUUCUCAGCAAUAUCAUCGGUCUUUUCAUCUCUGGCUCUUCCAAAGCGGGCUUAA